UUUUAUAACUAUCAUUUCUUAAUCGCUACUAAUUUCCUUCAAAAACAGGAAAAACAAUGCUUUAGAUGCGGUUGUGGUUCACACGGUAUUAUCCACAAUUACUAACAGUUUUAAAUGUAUGCGUAGGAUUUUGCGGUUGAAGAAGAAAUCAUAUCCUGUCAAGUGCUUAUAUAAAGCGCGCGUCGAUCAUAAUUUUCAACAGAACGCUAUUUAGCGUUCUAAUCCAGAAGUAUUUCUUUACUUUGUAUAAACUCGUAAUUCAUUGUAUUACACAACAUCUGUUGUUCGUCGAUUCACGAUCUUCUUUGGUUUCGUUUAUUUUUUUGUCCAUCGUUCAAUUUAAUUAAUCAAUUAUGACGAACGACAAAUCUAGUAUGCUGUAUCUCUUCGAUCGGCCAUCUGAACCAGUCUAUGUACCUAAGGGAGAACAGAAGGUUGCCUUUGAUAUACCACCUGACUAUUUGCCUGACAAGUACCGUUCCGUUGCUACACAAGUGUUCAACCGUUUCGGGGAUGAUACGCAGUCGAAAAUCCCGGUGAAGCAAAUUACACUUCCGGAUCUCAGCAUUCCGAUGCAACUCGGACGUCGUCAACCUUUUUCGCUUUUUAUACCGGCACAUCGUAGAGUGGCUGCUCGUCUUAUCGACAUUUUCAUGGGCAUGAGAACGUACGAAGAUUUCUUGUCAGUCGCAGUUUAUUGUCGUGAUCGUCUGAAUCCGAAUAUGUUUAUCUAUGCACUGUCAGUGGCCAUGCUUCAUCGUCCUGACACGAAAGAUUUACCGAUACCGCCAUUGACUGAAGUGUUUCCGGAUAAAUAUAUGGACAGUGGCAUUUUCGCUAGGGCUAGGGAAGAAGCUAAUCUCGUUCCUUCUGGUUCAAGGGUUCCGAUCGAAAUCCCUCGGGAUUACACCGCUUCGGAUCUCGAUGAAGAACAUCGCGUUGCGUACUGGAGAGAAGACAUUGGAAUCAAUCUUCAUCACUGGCAUUGGCAUUUGGUUUAUCCGUUUGAAGGAGAUGUUAAAAUUGUUAGGAAAGACCGACGUGGAGAAUUGUUUUAUUAUAUGCAUCAACAGAUGAUGGCUAGAUACAAUUGUGAACGCCUGUGCAACCAACUUGGACGAGUAAAGAGAUUCAUCAAUUGGCGCGAACCUAUUCCUGAAGGAUAUUUCCCGAAACUGGAUUCCCUAGUUGCUAGUCGCACAUGGCCAUCUCGACCAAGCGGUGCGGUUCUCAAGGACAUCAAUCGACAGGUGGAUGAAUUGGACUUCGACAUCCAAGAUAUGGAAAGAUGGCGUGAUCGAAUCUACGAGGCGAUCCACACGGGAUCUGUAAUUAACUCGACAGGCGAAAGAAUACCAUUGACAGAGAAAACUGGAAUUGAUGUGCUUGGAAAUAUAAUGGAAGCUAGUAUACUGUCGCCUAAUCAAAACGUCUAUGGGGAUCUUCAUAACUUUGGUCACGUUGCUAUAUCAUAUUGUCAUGAUCCAGAUCACCGUUAUCUAGAAAGUUUCGGUAUUAUGGGCGAUUCGGCGACUGCCAUGAGGGAUCCUGUGUUUUACAGAUGGCACGCUUUUGUUGACGACGUUUUCCAGGAACACAAAAACACGUUACCCGUGUACACCGCACAACAGUUGGAUUUCCCAGGUGUUGAAAUAGCAGACAUCCAAUUAGCAACUAAUCAACAACGCAACGUUCUAAACACCUUCUGGACCAAGAGUGACGUAGAUUUAUCGCGUGGACUUGAUUUUACUCCACGUGGUCCUGUACUGGCUAGAUUCACUCACUUAAAUCACGCAGACUUUACAUACAGGAUUGUCGUUAAUAAUCGUGACGGUGUACCAAAAAGAGGCACCGUCCGCAUUUUCAUCGCUCCCAAGAAAGAUGAACGUGGAUUGCCUUUUACGUUCAGACAACAGAAAAAUUUAAUGAUCGAACUGGACAAAUUCCCUGUAAUCCUGAAACCUGGACAAAAUACGAUUAAUCGUCAAUCAACGGAAUCCUCGGUAACUAUACCCUUCGAAAGAACUUUCCGCAAUUUGGACGAAAAUAGACCUAGUUCAGAGGGUGCAUUAGAACCAUUCAAUUUCUGUGGAUGUGGAUGGCCACAACACAUGUUGGUACCCAAAGGAAGCAAAGAAGGCUUCCAAAUGGAACUGUUUGUUAUGGUGUCUGAUUACACUGGUGAUGCUGUGGAGCAAGAUGAAGCGAGUGGUUGCAAGGAUGCUGUGAGCUACUGUGGAUUAAGGGAUAAAAAGUAUCCCGAUGCACGAGCUAUGGGAUAUCCAUUUGACCGACAACCGCGUGCAGGUGUUGAAAACUUGGCCCAAUUUUUAACCGGAAACAUGGCAGUCACGGAAAUAACCGUUCGGUUUUCAGACACUGUUGUACCUAGAACUAGAUCUAGGAGCACAGGAAACACCUUAACCUUUGAUUAAGUGUUUUAUUAUUCUUUUAUGGAUUGUUAGAUAAACGACGGCAUAAUAUUAUAUUUAUAUUAUAAUGUUACAUAUUCAUCUGACUAAAAGUUGAAUUCGUACAUUCAAAUGUAACUUUGCCCACGAUAGAAGUAUCUAUGUACACAGAAUGAAGUUAAUAGUACCGGAAGAGUAUAAAAUAUGACGCGAUAAUAGAAAGUAGAAGCAGAUGAACAAAGGCAAUCAUUCUUUUUUAUUUUAUUCAUUAUUUAAGUCAACGACUUUUGUUAUAUUUAAUUAAUUAUUUAAAGAUUUCUCUCAACAU